GACUCAUUUUCAUACUUGAUAUAAAACAAAACUUCAUUCUACCCUUCUUGAACUAAAUUUAUCAAAACUUUAUUUAAACGACGUUAACAAUAAAUCUUGUGAUCAGCCUCAAAGAAGUUUUUAAAGAUUGAACAACUUAAAGAAGGAAAUGGGAAACCUUUGUGGUCCAUGCUUUAAGGGUAGUGGGGAGGCAGAAUUAAUAACACCAGAUUUGCAAACUAAACGCCAACAAAUGGCUGAAGCAGCCCAAAGAAGAUUACAGGAACAAGAAAAUCGUGGAAUAAAAAAUCCUGAAAGUGUACGAAGAAAUCAACAAAAAGCUUUAGAAAGAGAACGAAUGGAGAAUGAGGCUGGACAAACAGGAAAUACCGCACUUCGAUGGACACAAGAUUGAACCUAAUACUUUUGGAAAAAGAUCAUCAUAAUCAGUAAUGGAAAAAGUAAAAAAAGAAAUCAUCUUUAAUCAAAUCAAUGUAUAAUUUAUUUGUAAACCAAAUAGUAAAUUGUAAAUACAUAUAUAUUUGUUAUUAUUUAUCAUUUCAUCAAGCUUAUAAAAAGAUUCUCACAUAAAAAACUCCACUGUUAUUUAUUCACAUUUUCAGGUUUCUUCUUUGGAAUGAGUCCAACUUCAUAGUCACAACGCUUCACUCUUUCAGCU